UAAAGAAGACUAGAGAAGACGAAGGCUCUGAAGAAUAUCGCCUCUUUUUUCUUCUUUUUUUGUGACUUGAAAAUAAACUACUCGAUGUUUCUCUCGUCUUGAAGGAACCGGCAACGGAAUUUCCUCCACCCCCUCCACCAAAGUGGGGUCAGUCCUUAUCCAAGCGGGCGGGUGGAUGAGUUGUGUGGAUGUUAUUUCCUGGAUUUUUUUCCCAUCGGGCUGUGUGUUACCGUGGCCCAGAGAUAGCAACAGUGUGCGGAAAAGUAGAUUUGUAUGUUAAACAUAUGGCUUCAACGAGGACAACACGCUGGAUGCUUGGUGAAGCAUGGUGGUGAAGAUGGUUAAAAUGCAUUUAACGGGGCUGCUGUCAUGGGGCUGGUGCAAAUGGCCAAGUGUAACAGGAACGGGAGUCCUAUGUCUGCUGCUGCUAUCAACCUGUCUUGGCCAAGACACGGAAGACUGGCAAUAUGAGGAGUGUAAACUUUCCCGUUCGGGUCCUCCUGCUACUAUAGUUGCCAUAGAUGAAGAAAGCCCCAACGGAACAUUGUUGGUGGAGAACAUGCAGAUCAAUGGUGUGGCUGAGGGUCCGGAUCGAACCAUCUCUCUGUCUUUGAGGGACAACCGUGAUUACUGGGUGAUUCUUGACCCUUCCAAACAAGCCCUUUACCUAAACAGCACGGGGCGGGUUCUGGAUAGAGAUCCCCCCUCUUAUAUUCACUCCAUUGUGGUUCAGGUUCAGUGCACCAAUGAGCUUAUAGGCACUGUGAUUUUACAUGAGGUCCGCAUCGUUGUUCGAGACCGCAAUGACAAUGCGCCACGUUUCCAGCAGCCCAGAUACUAUGUUGCCGUCAGUGAGCUGACUCCAGUUGGAACUACUAUCUUUUCUGGUUUCUCGGGAAACAAUGGGGCAACAGACAUUGAUGAUGGUCCCAAUGGGCAGAUAGAGUACACCAUCCAGUACAAUCCAAGAGACCCGACAGCUAACAGAACCUUUGACAUCCCCCUGACACUGUUUGGCUCUGUAGUUCUCAGAGAGAGGCUCAACUAUGAGGAAAUAACAAGAUACCUAGUCAUCAUACAGGCAAAUGAUCGAGCCCCUAAUCCAAGUGAGCGUCGAACAGCCACCACCACGCUAACUGUGGAUGUACUGGAUGGUGAUGAUUUGGGUCCCAUGUUUCUACCAUGUGUACUUGUGGGAAACACCCGUGAUUGUAGUCCCAUCACUUAUAAGGCUAACGUGCUGGAGCUGACUGAACCGAGCAAGGUGAAUCCCCUCAACGUGACUCCACCCAUACAAGCUGUGGACCAGGACAGAAACAUACAACCUCCCUCUGACAGACCGGGGAUCCUAUAUUCCAUCCUUAUCGGCAAACCAGAGUCCUAUGCAGAAUAUUUCAGCUUAAACAGAACCACAGCGGAGCUUCUGCUACUAAAACCCAUCGACAGAGAGCUCUACCGCAGGUUUGAUCUGGUGAUCAAGGCAGAACAGGACAACGGCCACCCCCUGCCGGCUUUUGCCAGCCUUCAAAUCGAAGUUCUGGAUGAAAACAACCAGGCACCCUACUUCCUGCAGGCCAGUUACUAUGGCUACAUCAGUGAGGCAUCACCAGUGGGAACCACCAUAGCGACCAACACCAGCCUUUCUGUACCACUGGCCAUAAUAGCUCUGGAUAACGAUGUGGAGGAGACUCGGGAUCCGCAACUUCAGUUCUCACUGGACAGUUAUUCUCAUGUUUUCUCCAUAUCUGCUAUUGGAAUCAAAAGAUAUCUCACACUGGUGCAGCCGGUCGACAGAGAGACGCAAGACUCCUACACAUUCACGCUUGUUGCUUCAGACGGCGUCCAGCAGAGCACUCCAGUUACUGUGACAAUAACAGUGUUGGAUGCUAACGACAACACUCCCACUUUUCCCAAUGUUUCCUAUAAUGUGAACCUGUUUACUAAUAUGAAGCCGGGAGAAACUGUAUUACAGCUGUCAGCAGUUGACUCUGAUGCAGGUCAAAAUGGUCACAUCACGUAUCGGAUAUUGGCUGGUCACCAUGGACACUUUCUCAUAGGCAACAGCACUGGGGUCAUCACUGUGGUGCCAGGCGUGGUGCUUAGUGUUGGACAGAGCUACGCGUUGACUGUAGAAGCCAUGGACAAUGGGCCUGAACCUCAGAGAAGGUCAUCCAUUACUACAGUCUAUAUUGAUGUUUUGCCACCAAACAACCAGAGCCCUCCUCGUUUUCCCCGGCAACAAUACAACUUGGAGAUCAGUGAAGCUAUGAGGACUGGGGCUACACUUCUUAAUCUGCAGGCAGUGGAUCGGGAGAAGGACCCCAUAACCUACAAAAUCCAAAGUGGAGACAUCCAUGGACAUUUUGCACUACAGCAGAAUUCAGGGUAUUUGGUUCUGAACAAUCCUCUAGACAGGGAGGCUCUGGAUUCUUAUACCCUGGUGGUGACGGCUUCUGACGGACACCCAGAAGGAACUUCUACAGCAACAGUGAACAUUGUGGUGACAGACGUUAAUGACAACGACCCGCUGUUCGAUCCUUCCCUGCCAGUGAACCUCACUGUCAUUGAGGAGCAGGAUCAUGCCUAUGUUGGACAGGUCAAGGCUACAGAUCCAGAUCUGGGGGCAAGUGGUCAAGUCCAUUAUCGGCUUGUCAACCACCCAGGACUGUUUUCCAUCAAUGCCACUGGAGCUAUUACAACUGCAGUGCGACUGGACAGAGAGGUUAAAAGCCAUUACCAUCUAAUCGUUGAAGCCUGGGAUGGGGCAGAGAAUCCUCGGCGAUCCAGAUUAACACUCUAUGUCACCGUUCUGGAUGUAGACGACAAUAGCCCAAUAUUCACCCAACAAACUUAUAAUGUCAAUCUACCAGAGAACAGCCCGAAGGACACUGUCAUACUACAACUAAAGGCGAUAGAUGCUGACCUCAGCUCCAACCUUACAUACCGAAUCAGAAGUGGAGGCUUGGACCAGGACAUCACUCAGCUGUUCCACAUCAACUCCAGAACAGGCGAGCUUUCAGUUCUCAAGGUUCUGGACUACGAGGCACUGGCUGACUCAGAGCCCACGUACACAUUCACUGUAGAGGCUCUGGACACAAAAGGAAGCAUGCCUCCAGGACUUGCCUCUGUUACUGUCAGAAUAAUGGACAUGAAUGACUUUUCUCCGGUAUUCAGCCAGUCAGUGUACCGAGGCAUGGUUGCCCCUAAUGCUGUCAAGGGAACUAUUGUAACCACAGUGAUGGCCAAUGACUCUGACCCUGCGGGUACCCCAGCAGGUCUGGUGCGCUAUAAGGUGGACCAGGAGGUGUAUCCAUACUCUGCCAGUAUAUUUGAUGUAGAAGAACAGACUGGACAUGUGGUUACCAGAGUAAACCUGAAUGAGGAGCCCAACUUGAAGUUCAAUUUGGUGGUGGUGGCCUAUGAUGAUGGUGAUCCUGUAAAGGAGAAUAAAACUCUGGUAGAGAUCACAGUCCUUCAGCCCUCUGUUAUUCCUGUCUUCACUCAGGAAGAAUACAGGUUUCUGCCAGUCAGUGAGGAGGCUGCUGUUGGAACCCCAGUGGGAGUCAUCAUAGCAGCUGCUGUCAAUCAAACAAUCGUGUACUCCAUCAUUGAAGGCAACGAGGGUGGUGUGUUUGCUUUAAAUGAAACAACAGGGGUAAUUUACACUGCCAAGCCCCUGGACUAUGAGACCAAUGCCAGCUAUGUUUUGAAGGUAGAGGCGGACUCCAUGAGAGUGGUGUCGUCAAACCUGCGAGCUCCCUCAAAAACUAACACUGCUAAAGUGGUGAUUGAUGUCCAGGAUGAAAAUGACCACCCGCCAGUAUUCACUAGACCUCUCUACAUUGGAGGAGUUGCAGAAGAUGCCAAAACUUUCACUUCAGUCUUGCAAGUACAGGCCCUGGACAGAGACACUGGUAACUACAGUUUUAUAAUAUACCGGCUGAUCAUCUCUCCUCCAGCAAGUAAAGACACUAAAGACACCAAAGAUGGCUUUGUCAUUGAGCCAUACAGCGGCGUUGUGAAGACGGCUAUCAUGUACCGCAAUAUGAGGAGGUCAUAUUUUAAGUUUGAGGUGGUUGCUACAGACAACUAUGGUCAAGGACACAGCAGCAAAGCAGACAUAGUGGUGUCAGUCGUGAACCAGCUGGACAUGCAGGUCGUUGUAUCAAACGUCCCUCCUACAUACGUGGAGAAAAACAAAGAGAAGCUUCUAAGCAUUUUGGAGCGUUACGUCCAGGAACAGAUACCGGGAGCAAGGGUUGUUGUGGAAACCAUCGGGCCUCAUCGCCACGGGGAUGGGAUGGAGCAGGAAGACUACACCAAAUCAGACCUCAUGAUUUAUGCAAUCGACCCACUGACUAAUAGAGCUGUAGCAAGACAGGAGCUCUACAAGUUUCUUGAUGGUAAACUCUUGGACAUCAAUAAAGAGUUUCAGCCUCUUCUCCCUCCUGGUGGCCGAAUUUUGGAAAUCCGAACCCCUGAAGUGGUUACCAGUGUGAAGAAAGCUGUGCAGACUGUAGGCUACACAGAGGGGGCGCUGUUGGCUCUGGCAGUCAUUAUCAUUAUCUGCUGUGUACCUGCCAUACUGAUUGUCAUUAUCACCUACAAACAAUUCAAAGAGCGCCAAGCAGAGUGUGCCAAAACAGCCCGUAUCCAGAUGGCACUGCCAACAGGCAAACCUGGGGGAGGCACUGCCAACAACCUGUAUGAAGAGCUGGGUGACAACGCCAUGCGUGGAUAUGGGCAACAUGAGACGCAACAACUUCUCCGACCUUCUCUGCUGCGGCCUGAGGAACUAUCAGUGGAAUCUGGCAUCGAUCCUGGCCAUGACUACUACACACAGGAUUAUUACAACUAUGACCAUGGGUAUGACCUCCCUCAAUACGGCAGCCGCAGGAAGCUGAUCUCCCCCUCCGGCCUCUAUGAUGAAUAUGGAGAAGUCGUUGUUGACGAUGACGGCAGCUACUACUACAGCCCACAAGAGUCUGAUGCAGAGCAGGGCAGUAGAAAACAUCGGAUCAAGUUGGUGUUUGACCGAGAGUACGAGACCAGCUCCACUGGUGAGGAAAGUGUGCCAGAAACCCAACGCAUCCGUUUGCCCUCGACCCAGAACAGCCAAGUCAACAUUAAUGGAAGCGUCUACAUGGCCCAGAAUGGCUCCAUCAUCCGCACCCGACGUUCAGUAAACGCUACAGGUCCCACACAAACCACCACUACAAACAACAAUCUCAAACUCCCCUCUCCUAUCUUCAGCUCAAGGCUGGUGAAGCACUUUAAAAAACUAGACAAAAUGGCUGCCACACUGGAAGAAAGAGUUCCCCUGAACAGCUUCAGAACAACAUCAGAUGGUGGGUGCAACACUCUCCGCACCUUCCAACGGGCAGGAGCGGCUGCCUCUGCAACAGCCACUUCCUCUUUCUCUAACACUGACAACAACAAAACGCUGAAUGCGUUUAACACUCGGCAAUCCAGCGUUUCUUUAGGGUCAACCAGCACCGGCAACACAGGCCCAGAAAGUACGGCGGCAAAAUCGAACCUGCUCAAUGCGGCACAGGGCAGCACAGAGCAGUCUCAGAGCUCCACGGAGAGAAACGAGUUGGAAGAAGGCGAGAGAGAGUCGAAGGUAGACGGCAGUAACAAUGACACGGAUGGACUCGUAAUCAAAGAGCCACUGGAGUGCCCGAGUGACAGAACGCAGUCGGAUGAGGAAGAAUUAUGGAUGGGCCCGUGGAACAGCCUUCACAUACCCAUGACCAAACUCUGACUGAACUUGACGACACUGUGCUCGUUUCUUAUUGCCAGGAUCACUGAAACAUUCAGACAUAAUUUUUGUUCAUCAGUUGUGGAACUAAUGGGGAUACUCCAAGCCAAUUACAAGAAAUCUAAUUACAGGAUUGGUACAGUACUCUGUUUGUCCAUGGUGGAAGAUUCCUCACAUAUCAGCCAGAAGAACUUAAUUUAUUUUAUUUACAUUCAGAGAGAUGAUAAAAAUAUAUUUGGAGAAAAAAAAAAAAGAAUAAAUUCCUUGGCAUUUAAUUGGCUUUUUGGGUUACUUAUUAAAUGUCCCUUUUGUACCUUAUCCCCUGAAACUGAACUGAUUUCAGAGCUUCGACACCUUUAGAAAACUGGACCUAGACUGAGAGGACUUAUAUUUCUACUUUGAUAAUAGAGGUACAGGUAUGUGAACUUUUAAAUGGCCCUUUAAGCGACUGGUGUCUGUAUGGAACUGAUUGAUUCAUUCAGUAUUACGAGUACUGAUGCAACUCAUCUUGAAUUUGCGGACAUGUUUCAUUAACACAUGAAGUCGUGUAUUGUUCACAUUUGCCUUUUUAUUCUUGUAAAGUUGCUUAGCAGACUUUAUUGAAAUAAAAUUC